UCUAGUAUAGUAUAUUUCCUCAUUUAAAGUGUAUAUAAGACAAAAAUAAAUUGUAGACUAAACAAAACAUUUCUGUACACCGUUAAAUAAAGAUACGCAUACAUUCAAGGUAUAAUGGAAGGGAAAGCUGUUAUCAUUUUCUUUGGAUUUAUAGCAUGUGCUUUUGCUGUAUAUUCACCCAAAGGCGGGAAAGCUUGUGAAAUUGAAUGCUCGAGUCAUUCAGAAUGUCCAGAAGGUCACAGUUGUCAAACUGAAGGAUGUGAUCGUAUGUGCAGACCUAGAAGAGUAAUUUUAUCAAAUUCAGCAGUUAGAUCAGACAUGAUUUCAUCUGGAUGUCUUCAGAGAUGUAUGGACCGAGGUAACCUAGGUUGCAGAAGUCUGUGUCAGCGUAGUGAAGAUUUAUUAUCGGGAGGCCAAAUCAAUCCUGGCAGAUCCUUAGACAGUAGAUUCCAAGAUGCUUUAGUAGAUUCUAUACGGUCAGAUAGUCUUGUUAGACAUACCUCAUCAUUAGGUGAUUCUAUUCGGUCAGGUAGUCUUGUUAAACAUAUGUCGCCAGUAGGUGAUUCUAUUCUGUCAGAUAGUCGUCUUGGACGUAUCUCACAAGUAGGUGAUUCUAUUCGGUCAGGUAGUCUGGUUAAACAUAUGUCGCCAGUAGGUGAUUCUAUUCUGUCAGAUAGUCGUCUUGGACGUAUCUCACAAGUAGGUGAUUCUAUUCGCUCAGGUAGUGUUGGAAGACAUAUCUCGCCAGUAGUUUCUAUAGGGUCAGGCAGUCUUCUUGGACGUAUCUCUCCAGUAGGUUCUAUUCGGUCAGAUGAUUUAGUUGGACGUAUCUCGCAUGUUGAUUCAAUUUUAAAUAAAGGCUGUCAAAAUACAUGCAUUUCACGAGGCUGCAACUUUAACGAGGAAUGUGUAACAAGAGGUGGAUGUUCUGUAUGUGUUCGUGCCAAGACCUACGCAUAAAAAAAUACAACAGAUGACAUAAUAUAUUGUGCAAUAUUGAACUGAUAUUUAUCCAUGUAUCGUGAUAUUUUAUAAUUUUGUAUUGAUACACAAAUAAAGUAUUUAUUAUAGCAGA